GCAGCUCUGCAGUGGGGAGCGCGGCUGUGAGACAGCACUUAGGAUUGGCUCGGGCAAAGAGAAAUUAACUGUAAGAUUCACGCGAGUCUGGGGCGCCAGACAGAGCUUUAGCCUGAGUCGAGUUUCGUCUCGCCCUAUACUUGCCACCCACGGAAUUGCCGAGUGUCAUUCGUCUCGUGUCUAAUCUUUUCGGAUUAUUUUUUGGAUCCAGCGCCCAGUGGGACACGCUUACAGUGCAGAAGGGCACGAUGUUGGGAAGCGGAGGUGUUUACGCCAGCAAGAAGCGGAAGAAGCCCUUGCCGAAAACAUGUACUGCAUCUCGUCCAGAAGGUGCCAAAUCCAACCCAUCCAAACGCCACAGAGACCGUUUGAACUGUGAAUUAGACAAGCUGACCAGUCUGCUUCCCUAUCCUGAAGAUGUGCGGGCACGUCUUGACAAGCUGUCUGUGCUGCGCCUCAGUGUUGGAUACUUAAAAGUCAAAAGCUUCUUCAAUGCAUCCUGGAAGAAAAAUGGUGUGGGGUGGUUACCAGAGCAACACAGACCCUUUGGAGGCAUUGGAAGCUCUGUCCAGAUCAGUGGAGUCAACUUUUCAGAAGGGGAAUUGCUUCUUCAGGCGCUGAAUGGCUUUGUUUUAGUGGUCACAGCAGAAGGAUAUGUGUUCUAUGCAUCACCAACAAUACAGGAUUAUCUUGGCUUUCACCAGUCAGAUGUGCUUCACCAGAGUGUCUUUGAACUGAUCCACACAGAUGACCGAGCUAUGUUUAGACGCCAGCUACAUUUUGCUCUAAAUCCUGAUCCCUUCAAAGGAGAACCAGGGACUGAAGGGUUACAUGAUGAAAAUGGCCCUGGGAUUUCCAGUAAUAUUGUAAACUAUGAUCCUCAUCAGAUACCACCAGAGAACUCCUCUUUUCUGGAGCGCAGUUUCUUCUGCCGAUUUCGCUGUCUUUUAGACAAUUCUUCAGGGUUCCUGGCACUUAAUUUUCAAGGACGGCUGAAAUUUCUUUACGGACAAAAUAAGAUGUCUGAAGAUGGCACCAGGAUACCUUCCCAGCUGGCUUUGUUUGCAGUUGCUACUCCACUGCAACCACCAUCCAUCCUUGAGAUCAGAACCAAGACAUUUAUAUUUCAAACAAAGCAUAAGCUGGACUUUACUCCAAUGGGAUGCUGUGCCAGGGGAAGAGUGGUGCUGGGAUUUUCAGAAGCAGAGCUGUGUAUGCGAGGCACUGGAUACCAGUUUAUUCAUGCAGCUGACAUGAUGUAUUGUGCAGAAAACCAUACAAGAAUGAUAAAAUCUGGAGAGAGUGGCUUGACAGUGUUCAGACUGCUGACAAAACACAGAGGAUGGGUUUGGGUUCAAGCUAAUGCCAGGCUGGUCUACAAAGGAGGAAGGCCAGAUUUUAUUAUCGCUAGACAGAGAGCCUUAACAAAUGAUGAAGGGGAGGAACAUUUGCGUCAGCGUACAUUGCGGUUGCCCUUCAGUUUUACUACAGGGGAAGCAGUCCUAUAUGAAAAUGGCCUCAAUGGAGAAUUGUUUUCUGACAAAGGAGUGAGGAAUAAAAAGAGUGCUGCAUCAGAACAGAAACCAUUAGAUCCAAAUUCAUUAUUGGGUGCCAUGAUGAAGCAGGACCAGGCCAUCUAUGUGUCCCACGCAAGUGUAACUCCUCAAUACUCUCUUGAGAAAGCUUUUAAGCCUGAUGGUUCUACCAUGAAUUUAACUACAUCUGGGUGGCAGCCACAAGGCCAGUGCCCACCAAUCAAAGAGGAGAAUGAAGCAUUUAACAUGAUCAGCACACUGGAGAAGUUGAUCAACGAUAGUGAUAUCUGCAAUACACUGAACAAUUUGGAGGACAACACAGAGCUGCAGCAGUGGGAAGAUGCCUUACUAAAGAUGGACUUCAGCAAUGAUUUAAUCAUUGAAUUAAAUGAUAUUCUCAACAAUGACAUAUUUUCUUAUUUAGAAGAUAUUUUAUUCAAGGACACUAAUGGAAUGAGUGAUAGUUUUACACAGAAAAAUGAUAAGUCAGUUCAACUGGAUACCUUGAGGUCAGUUCAGCAUGAUUCACUUACACACCAUGAGCAGGUCAUUCCAGUUUGCCUAAAUCAAAAUGGCUUUGCUACGACAGCCAAGAAUCCUUCUAUAUAUUCUCAAGGAUCAAAUGACAUGUCAGCUGCAAAACAAGGUUCACUGAACAGCGUGUUGCCAUCAACCCAGUGCCAGCAACGAUCACAGCUGUUGCAUCCAACAAGCCAGGAAAGCAAUGGUCUCCAGACUAAUCCAGUGAUGGGUGGAAGUGUGCCAGACCAUUUCCUGCACACUUCAUUACCACAUUUGUCCAGUGGAGUACAUCACAAGUCUGUUUCUGAUAAUACUCAGUAUCAUUUCAACCCCUUGUCUGCUUAUACAGCAACAACCCAAAAUGACACUGGCAUUUCUACUCACAAGUCAAUGCCACAGGGCCGGUCUCUGUCUUUAUCAAAUGAAGGGCAACAAAUUAUGACAAGUUCUUGCACCCAAAAUCAGUCCUGUCAGAUGUCUCUAGGUGCAUUUCCUGCGUACCCCAAAAACAGAACAGGCUCUACUUAUCCUAUGGAUAUGGAGCUAAACACAUGUGGUGGUCAGGCCCAGAUAACAUCAGAUCAGCUAAUGCUGACUGGCCAACAGGACCAAUUAACAUUUGGGCAUUUGGAAAACAGUUACCCCGAAUGUCUCCAGCAAGGGCACUCUCUACAGAAUUCUUUUGAAAGAAAUCGGUCAGUAGGCCAAAGAAUGGGACAUCUACCCUUUCAGAUGCCUGUGAAUUCAGAACAUUUUAAGAAAAUGCAAAACUGGCUGCAUCAACACCAGCAUCAGUCUGUGUACAAUGGUAAACCAUACUGUACGGAGUCAUCAGCUAGCAGUCACACACAAUCUGUCCUUCCAUCUAACUGCAGUCAGUCCCAGGCACUUUCAGCACUGCAAGUCAAUCCAUUACAAAAUGGCACUUUUCAGUCAACCACAAUUGGAGCAGGAAUUGAGCAAGCAAAACAUAUGCUUCAGGCAUCAACGCAGAUAGACAGCAUGGCUGUGCCUGCAUCCACUAGUUGUUUAUAUGGCAACAGCCCCUUGCUACCAUAUAACACCAUCAGUGGAUCCACUACUCUGAACUGUGGCACAAGAAACUUGCCUACUGACAACAGCCCCCUUCAGGCAUCCUGCUACUACCAGAAUAAUUCCAAUGAACUUCUUAUCGAGCCUUCAGUCAUUCCACAGGAUGAUAUUAGCAUCACCUCUCUGUCCUGCCAUGCUCGGAUUUCUCCUGAGAUCCAGCUAAAAGAGCAGCACUUCUACAACUGCAGCAUCCCAGUUAAGCAGCCAGUCCAGACUCUUGAAGAUGAUGGAGGCAGACUCUCAAUACCAUGUAAAUCUCUUCAUAAUGUGACUGCAUAUUUCAUGGACAGUGAUGGCAAGACUAGCUGUUGUGACUUCUAAUUGGACAGAAUAAUGGGCAACACUGAAUGAGGAAGAGUGACAAGCAGAGUCCAUGUAAUGGCCUCUUUCCCUGCAUAAUGUCACUAAUACAAGCUAACACUUUGCUCAUUUCUUUUUUGGCAGCAUGCAGAAGACAUUUCUGGCAUCCGACAAUCUUUAGUCAGCCAGUAAGAAAGCACCUUGGAUGUAACCAUACAAAAGCAUAAAAAUGUGAUUGAUAUCUGCCUUGUGUUUUACAUUUCUGAAACGUUUGAGGAAUAAAACACGGUGGAUGUUAAAAAAAAACAAAACUUUAUUUGCCUUGCUAAGGUAACUAAUGCCCUUCAGACACACUGGAUAUGCUCCCAGAGAGAAUGACUCUGAGGGUGCUUUGAACUGCAAUCAUGUCUGACUCUUGAGUGGUACAUUCAGUUUGACAGUCUGCCCUGGGUAGAGAUUAUCAAAAAUCUGGGCACUUUUUAGCAGGACAGCAGCCCAAUCACUGAACUUUAUAUUUUUACAUCUGCCUUGAUUUUUAAACCAUUCCGAAUUGGAUUUACUCUGCCAUUCUUUUUUUAUUUAGUUUUCUUUUGGCUGAGAUACAACUCACAUUGCUACCUGUCUGUGUAUAUGAUGAAUUUAUCAUGUGUAACACGCUACUUAGUGAUUUCAUUUAUUGUCAAGGCUAGAGUCGGUCUUGACCUUCACACUUACAUUGUCAUGAACAGUAGAUGGUAUGAAUGCUUACAUUAUUAUUAGUUCACAACAAGGGGAAACUGAGCCGGAGUGUUGCUUUUAUUACAUGUUAAUAUUGUGAGCACCAGUAGAAUCUAGAAAGUUCAAGUUCAAAGAGUAGACACCUAAAACAUACAAAACAGAGUGCAAUGUCAGCCUCAGCAAAACAACAGAAGAUGCAAGUCAUUUAGCCCUCAGCCAUUUUUUUCAGGUCACUGUAGGUAUCAUGUGCACAAUAAAGCAGAGUGCAUGCAUCACUUUACACAGGGCUAUUGCUGUUUGCUGACUAGCACAUGGUGGCUUCUUGUGCAUGUGUCAUUUGGGGGCUAUACUGUGUUUUUCUUUUUUGCUCUUUCAUUCUUUAGCUGGUUGACUUUAACAAUUCACGCAAUAUUAUAAUUACUGGCUGGUCUGGGCAAAUGACCCUGUCUAGUUUAGCCCCUUUUAUGAAAUUUUCGGUAUUUGCAAGCGACAACAUGUGGCAGCUUGUGCACAGCACUAUGUCUUCUAACCAUUGUGUUUUUCUGAUUUCUCAUAGCACUUUGCUCUUUCACUGAUCUGGGUAGAACCAUAUUAGAAAUUUGGAUGGAGUGAGAGGUGCAGAUGUAAUGGUGAAGAGUUACACUAUAUAAACUCUGUAUUAGUGUUUAGAAACCAACAAUGUUUUAUAAAGUGAAAAGAUCUAUUAUUUUAAUCUAAUUCAGUGGCUUCUCACUCUUUAGAAGUAUUUUUUGCUUCAUAUUUACAGCCUGGAAUUUCUUCUUGAAAUUAAUUGAAGUAUCUGCUUUUAUGAAUGAAUGAAAGAUUUCCCGAAGCUCCAGCUUAUUCAUGUACUCCACUUUAUCAAAGAAUGUUUGCAAGCUAAAUUGUUAUGGAACCUCUUCUGUCUAAAUGGUUGGUGUUACAGCAAAAUACAAAGCAAUUCUGAAAAAAGGAAGAAGGAUUGCAUUUUCGGUGUGAUAGUAGGUACACUUGCUUCUUGUUGAUAUUCCUUCUUUACAAUGAAGUCAAAGAAGCCAACAAAUCAUCGGCCAUUUCAUAUAUUAUUGUAAUGUCUACUCCAUCUCUGUUUGGACUAAUAAUUUUGUAUAGCUACACUUUGAAAAGGUUACCGCAUAGGUUUCCAGACACCAUCCAGGGGAUCUCACGGGGCUGCAGAUUGUUGCUCCAACCAACUUUUGUUUUUAGUCGGACUUUUAUACUAUUUAACCCAGAUGUUACUGCACAGUAUUAGAUGUUUGGGGGUCACUGUAGAAAUUACAAAGCUAAGUCUAGUAAAUUUGUAUUUGAAUGUAACAAGCAAGGAAUACAUUUUGUCCUUUUUAUUUUUUUCAGAUUUUCAUCAUCAUAGUUUCCCUUCUGCCUGUUAUUAUUUAAUGUGCCAUUUACUAAUACCGUAAGAACCUUAGUGGCCCUAAUGCUGAAGUAGUCGAAGCCUUUCAGCAUUCAGUGUCAUUCAUUCAGGUGUCUGCUCUGCUCUUUGUAAGUUGUCAUAAAUAAUAGAGCAAACUACAUAGGAAAAAGGCAAAUUAAUAGGCAAACAACAAAAGAUGUUUACGCCUAUAAAGCCUUAAUAUAAAUAUUUGUAAACGUAAAAUUCAGUUGGCUGUGCUCCUCUGAAUAUGGAAUAUGAGAAAAGAAAGAAAAGACCAGCUAAUUAAAUGUGAUUUGAGGUAAAAUGUCUCAGUGAUUGUGAAACUGUUUGAAACAACAACCUGCAGCUACAGGGGGUCUUCAGAACUGAAUUUCAGAAUCACUGGGCUUGGAGGAAAAAAAGCUAUUUUUUAUCAUUAUUGUCAUCAUCACAGUCAGUCACAGUUAUGGAAGGCCAGUAAGACUUGCUACGAAAAUGAAUGCUGACACCAAUAUCCAUCCAUGGAUUACACAAUCCAGCAUCAUUUCAGCAACUGCAUGUUCCAGCAGCAAGGAGUACAAGGCAGGAAUCUGGUCAGGACACCAGUCUAUCAUAAGGCACAAUGCACACAACCACAUGCACUCAGAUACAGCCAAUGCAAAGUCAGAAGUUAAGGGAAACACGGAGAAUGUUGGCAAACACAUUUCUUUGAAGGAAAAAUUCUAUUUGUCACCCAUGCUCUUCAGCACACUCCUUACAGAACCUAAUGCAGUGUUUUCAGGAUUAUAAAGUAAAACCUAGCUAUGCAUGUAUACCUUAAGUAAAUCCAGUUUAAGGGUGCUUCUUAUGACACAGGCCAUGCGUGAGUAUGGGUGUGUGCAUGAACGGUGCCCUGUCCAGUCUUGUGUUCUGCUUGAAACCCACUGCUGCCAGGACAGGCUCCAGCUCCACUGUGACCUUGAAACAGUUAAAGUGAGUUUCACAAUGUUAGGUUAACUUGCAAUAAGGAUUUAAAAAUCAAUCAUCAAAACAAAUACUGUACUGAUUUUCCAUAUGCACAAAAAUUAAAUAAAUUUUAUAUAAAGCUAUUGUGUAGCAAACAAUUCCCCAAGGCACUUUACCAGUACAAAUAUGAAAUUAUAUAUAUAUAUAUAUAUAUAUAUAUAUAUAUAUAUAUAUAUAUAUAUAUAUAUAUAUAUAUUUAUAUAUUUUUGAAAGUUGGCAGGUUAAGUGACUUGUUCAUGAUCACACAGUGUGUUAGAGGUGGGCACUGAUCCUUGCAGUUUAAAGUCCCCACUAUCCUACAGUAGUUACCAUUAAGCUGUACUGAGACAACAGCACCUCCUGCUCUGGUGGCACGACUUGUCUGCUGCUGUGAAGUUUCAAGCCUAUCUGGGUUUUCUGCCACCACUGUUCACCUUUGUUCAGAGUCAAUGUGGUUUUUAUUUUAUUUUGAGUACACUUUAUACACAAACUGAGUGAAAGGUGACUGCCCAAGUCACUGGAGAGAGGUGAGGCAGUGUCAGACGUCGGUUAAGAUAAAAAACAAAAAAAACAAAAAAAACAAGCUGCAGCUUCCUAAAGGUUAACAAAAUAUUUCUGCAGCUUCCCCAAAUCACUGUAAUGCUUAUAUUCCUUCUUUUAUUCUGCAAUAAAAACCUUUUGCAAAGGUUUAAAUAUUCUUUUAAAAACUAAACAGAAUAUAUAUAUAUAUAUAUAUAUUUUUCCUACAUAAAUUAGGAUUUGUUUCAUAACUGAAACAUGUUUUAGUUUUGUAUUGUUAAGGUGGGAAAAUACAAAAAGGGUUGCCUGAAAGCUGAAACUUGUGGCUUUCUUCUAAAUGAUCUGUCUCACCAGGCACAUAAAAUAAAAUGAAGAGCGGCAGAUAUGUGCAAAAGGUCUUGUGAAGAGAUGAGCGGCUAUUACAGAAUUGCAAAAACUGAAAAAACUGUGCUUUUACACUACAGCCAUCUGUAAACAGGCAGUGCCUAAUAACUGGCACUGUUGUUCUGUAGUAACAGAAGUGACCUCUCCAGCAACACUAAUACAACAGCCAGAGCCAAUACCUGGAAGGGCAACAAACCUUUUAUGAGGUCACACUGUGUUUCAGAAACACCAUAUGUCAAGUGGCAGCUUUUUAUUGCUUUUAAAGUACAUUCCAAAGAUCUUUAUACAAGAUCACUGGCAGAUGCGACUGCAUCCUGCUGCUUUUUAUUCAGCGAAGUGAGAGCUAGGAUGGCUUCUCCUUGGGUUGACCAGGGUUUUUAUAUUUUUAAUUCCAUUAUCUGUGUACCACGUGAAGUAUGUUUUUUGCUCCUAUUUUUAUUGCUUAGCACUUAUAUUUUUGGAUGCUUUCUGUGCAGAACAGUAUAACUUUGCAACAAAAAGUUGUUAAAAAUAUUUGAUAUCUUUGUUGUAUUACAUUUUCUUUUUAAUAAAAAAUGAAAACUC